GGGCGGUGGCAUAUUAUUUUUACGCGUGCGAAGGGUUUAGAAGGGUUUUAUUCCGCUUCAAUGCAAAACCAUCACUCAGUAGCAACGGCGGCGUCUCCCACCGCGCAGCGCUGAAACCCUAAUCGUCUCUUGGCCAUGCCUUCGAAACCCUAAUCCCCCAAACUCGCUGCUAUCCAUCAUCUCUUCUCCCAUGGCGGCCGACAUAGCGUUAGAACCCGAACCCCUGAAUCCGUGCUGCGCGGAGAUCAAGAAACGGUAUCAGAAGCUGGAAGAGAAGAGGAAUGCUCUCCGGCAGGCCGUGAAGCUCCUCGAGAACGAAACGAAUAAGCUCCUGAACGAGAAUCAGAAUCUCAAGAAGGCUUAUGAAGAGGAGCGGGCACGGACAGGGCGAGAGAAAGAAGCAAAAGAAAAGGAGUCCACUAUUAGAAAUCAGUUGGAGAAAGAAAUGCAUGACUUGAAGGCUGAGAUGUCCUCCUGUCAGAAAAGUGGAAGUUCGAGAAGUGAGGCUGAUGAUGAAAGUGGCCUGAUUCGCAUUUUGGAGGCAGAGGGAGAAGUAGGAAGGCUCAAGGAACUUUUAGAUGAAGAGAAAAAGCGAAGCAAUUCUGAGAAGAAGAAGGCUGAGGUGGAGAAGAAAAAAGCUGCUGAAGCAUGGAAAUUUGUGGAAGUGGAGAAAAGCAAGGUAGAAGAAGUAAAGAAACAUGUAGAGAUUGCAAGGAACAAAGCUGAUGAAUACAGGCUUUGCCUUGAAAAACUAAAGAUGGAAGCUAAUGAAGCAAGAGAGAAGUUGAUUGUGGAGAUCUCCAAAGCAGAUGAUGCAAAUAAAAAGGUUGAAGCUGAGAAGCAGAAGAUAAACAGAGAAAGGGAACGUGCUGAUAUGGAGAGGACAAAAGCAGAAGAACAGAGAAGGCUCAUGGAAGUAGAAAGGAAAAAGGCAAUGGGUGAAAAAUACAGGGCAGAUAAUUUGUCCCAGAGGCUGGAGAAGGAGAAGCAAAGGAGUGAAGAAUUACAGAGGAAAGUCGAGGAGAUUUUAUCUACCGGAAGAGAUGUAAGGGGUUGUUCAUGUUUUGGAGAUAAAAGAUCUAAUGGCGGAACAAACAUCAAAACUGCAGAUGUCAAGCUUCUAAGAGAGCAACUCAAGCUAAAAAAGAAGCAAGUAAAGCAUGCUAAAAGAAUGAAUAAACUAGAGAAAGCAGAAAAUAGGUUUAUAAGGAAAGAGCUUUCUCUCUUAAAACAGGAUUUCAUGCAAAUGUCUUGCCGCUUUAAUGUCCUUUACGACUUCCUAUCAUGCAGCAUGGAAGGUACAGAUAGCCUGGCAAAGAACGGCGAAUCUCCAGAGCUAUGGGGCUGCAACUUGCAGAACAACCUUUUGGGUCCCCAACCAUGCAAUUUUAACUCGCAAAGUGAUUUUAGCUUGCCAGAGAUAUGCUAUACAAAUUCACUUAAUCACCCUUGUUCUGCCAGGGAAUGCCCUCGCCUACAGUUAUCUAGAGGAAGCUGUACCCGGCCAACCUCAGGUAUUAGUUCUGAAUUGGAGCCUCCAGUUGGAGGUUCUGUCAGAAUCAAGUCACAAAGUUCUGCCGUAUGUUCCACUGCAACAUCUUUUUCUGAUAGCAAGUUCAUGGGCUCACAGGGAAAGGAUGCAUUAUUUGCCACUGCAUCAACCGAAGUAGCAGAGAAGAGCUCCAAUCAGAGAUCAUCCAUUCUGAGACUGUCUGGUGGAGUGGCUAAAACUAGGCAAACAGAAAAUAUUGGGGUGGUGACAGAGAAUAACAAUAGAACGUCUGUCCAAAGAAAUGUAAUAAAUGCAUGCCUGAAUUCAUCUGCAGUAAGUGUAGUGGAUCAGGCGUCUAAUAGUCGCAGAAAAAAAAGAAGGAUCCAAGAUGCUCUAGAAUCUGUUGCAUGGUUAUAUUCUGAGGAUGGUCAGUUGCAUUUGAAGAUAGGAGAGAAACUAUCUGAGUUAAAAUAUCUUUUGAACAGAAAAGGUAAUAUCCCUUCAGGCGUGGAAAAUUCUGGGAUCUCAGAGUACUUGGAUGACAGAAAGGGGUUUUGUGCCAAAAAUCAUAAUGAUCGCAGUAAAAAAUCCUGCAAACACAGGAGUAACAAAAUGCUACGUAAGCAGCAGAAGAAUGAUGUACUAUACUUGAAUCAAAAUGACAUUCAGAAGCAAGCAGAAAAGUAUGAAACAGAAGACAGUAGGGUUCCAUGCGCCCUCCGUGAAAUGGCAAAACCUUUUCAGAUGAAAGAGAAUGCUGUAUGCAGGGAAAGCCAUCUAAUGCUGUUUGCACUACUUGAUCUGGAUAGCGAUACUGAUGAAAGAAGGUAUAGAGCUGCAAUAGAGAUGCCUCUUUCACCCACUUUGCCUGAAAUUGAGUCUGCUAGCCUCAAACUAUGUGUACAGGAUGACUCUCAUUUUCUGAUAGAGGGAACUUUGAAGAGUUUUGAGACUGAAAGAAGUAAUUCCUUGCCAUUCCAUACCUUUGAUGUCAUCGAGUUGGAGAUUAGUUCCAACACUGUGAAACAGAAAGCCCCAUUUGCAGGAACUGUCAUUGAAUGA